AUGGAUGUCUUCCGUAGGCGACAGGAUGUGACCCUUGUAGCAUUCUCGAUGGGCCAAUGGACCUACCCUUCCCCUCUUUCACGAAUCCGACAGGUAAAACCGGCUCAGGCUCUUGAGGUGUUUACAAGUCCAGACGUCGCUUUCACAUUGUCUCAACUUACAGAGAGGUCAACUGUGGCAAUGGGUUCAAUUGUCGAAAUGCCUUCGCACAUUGCAAAAGUCAUGCCAAAGCACUACAGUCUGUAUUACAACGGGACAUGGCACGAACCUGAGAAAGACGACGCAUAUUUUGAUACAUUUAAUCCUGCAACGGGUGAAGCCAUCACGAAGGUUGCCCAAGCCACAGCAGGUGACACCGAAGCAGCCAUCGAAGCUGCUCACGCUGCAUUUCCGGCAUGGCGCGACACUCAUCCCGAGCAACGCAGGGCACUCCUGCACAAGGCAGCCUCGAUCGUACGCUCAAAAGCGCGAGAGCUGGCUCUGCUCGAUUCGAUCAACACGGGCAACCCGUUCAAGGAGAUGAUUCCUGACGCACAUACGGCUGCCGACGCGCUCGACUACUUUGCAGGUCUCAUCCCUAUGCUGAAAGGGGAAACCAUCCCACAAGCUGAAGACGGCUUCCACUAUACUCUACGCGAGCCGCUAGGCGUGGUUGCUCGGAUUGUGGCGUACAACCAUCCUCUGAUGUUUUGCGCGCAAAAGGUCGCAGCUCCUCUGGCGGCCGGCAACACCGUCGUCAUGAAGCCGGCCGAGCAGGCCCCCUUGUCAGCUCUGUAUUUGGCGGAGCUGCUUGACGGCGUCUUCCCACCUGGCGUUUUGUCUUUUGUCAAUGGUGGUGUCGACUGUGGAGUCACCCUAUCAACGCACCCACUGGUCAAAAUGAUCACCCUCAUCGGCAGCGUCCCCACAGGCAAAGCCAUCUACAGGGGUGCCUCGGCCACCUUGAAGCCUCUUCUCUUCGAGCUGGGUGGUAAAAACGCCCUGGUAGCGUACCCGGACGCCGAUCUCGACAAGCUCGUCGACGGCAUGACGCGAGGCAUGAACUACUUGUGGGCAGGCCAGUCAUGCGGUUCGACAUCGCGAGUGUUCCUGCACGAAAGCCUGCACGACCGAGUUCUGGACCGCGUGACGAACAAUGUCCAGAAGGCAUUUGUGGCGGGUGAUCCAACCGACGAGAAGACCACCAUGGGUCCUGUCAUCUCGCCUGCAGCAUUGGACCGAGUCAAAUCAUUCUGCAAGGACGCCAUCGCCGAGGGUGCCCGUCUAGUCACGGGCGGCAAGCAACCCGAACACAUGAAAAAAGGUUACUUCUUCGAGCCCACCAUCUUUGCCGACGUAGACCCCAGCAUGAGAGUCGCACGAGAAGAGGUCUUUGGCCCUGUCAUGAGCGUCUUCAAGUGGAACGACGAGGACGACUUGUGGAAGACUGUCAAUGGCACAAACUACGGCUUGACAGGUGCUGUCUACACCAGAGAUCUGAAAACAGCGCAACGGGCCGUCAAGAGGUUCGAAUGCGGUUACGUUUGGGUCAACAAUGUCGCGAAACAUUAUCUCAACAUGCCGUUUGGGGGUCAGAAAAACUCCGGCUUGGGACGGGAAGAGUGUUUUGACGAGCUCUUAUCAUUCACACAGUUGAAAGCAGUGAAUAUGUCGUUAGAUUGA